CGGGCCUGUUUGUAGGCGUUUGUCAAUGUGGUGAAAUGGAAAGUUGAAUUCCAAUUUGGUUACGUUAAUAAAGAUUUUGUUUUUAAUUUGGCCAUUUUACAGAAGCAUUAGCAAGCAGUCGUCCCUCUUAUGGAUCCGCUUAUGUUAGUAAGAAGUUAUUGAAAGGCUAAAUAUAGUUGCAAACUAUCGAAAGACAAUUAGUACAUCCGGUGUAUUAAAAUAAGACUUUACCUAUUAUCAGAGAAUGUGAUCUCAGUGGAUACUACAUAUUUCAAGUUUGCCUACUCGAGGCAAAAUGCUGACAUGCAAAGAUCUGAUGAGGAUGUUACUGUCUGCUGUGACGUUUAGCACAUUGUUAGCUUCAAUGACAGCAACAAAGUUUCCGAUGACCAUUUAUGCCGACGAGCUCUGUUAUCAUGGAGUCUUUUUGGUAGAUGGGGAUGUCAUCAUCAUGGUCUCCAAAAACCCAACGCUGCCUGCCAACACCAGAUGCUCUAUUCAGAUGCAAGCUGGCACGGCGAAGAGUCUCGUCGCAAGCAUUAGAAGUUACCACAUGGACAGCAGUUACACCCACUCCAUGGACUGUCAGUACGAAUCCAUACAGCUAGAGACAGCCAACAACACAAAAAUGUUAGGGCCUUUGGGCUACUGCAAGUCGGAAAGACCAGCUGGUCAAUACAUACUGGGAGAAACUGGCUACUUCAGCUACGUGGCUGGACCUUAUAGUCCACUGUCCACACCAUUUGUAGAGCUGCUAGUGAGCGAGGUGUACAUUAAGAAUGACAAUCAAGGUUGCAGCAACGGAUUCUUCAAUUGUGAUCGUCAAAACAUCUGCGUUGAUAAUCAAUUGACCUGUAACGGUUACAAUGACUGCGGCAACGACAGAGAUGAAGACAUUAAUUGCAAACUGACUACCGGGGUCAUAGCUGGCAUCGUGGUUGGGGGAGUUAUUUUUAUUCUGAUCAUUGUGAUAUUAGGAGCGUUACACUACAGACACCGCAAGAUGAGGCUGGGAUACAUUCAGCAUUAACAUUGCUAUCUACAUAUCUGUGUUACCUACCUUGUAUUAUAAAUAGAAAUUAAGUCACUUAUAAAUAGAUUUAGUUGGUGAAGAGGUCAGACACUGUUUUCUAAUAGAAGACUAUCAUUUUAUCAAUAAAAGGGAGUUGAACCAUUGUAAAACAGGAGCUAAAGUGUUUGUUACAAAUUGAAGAGUUGAACUAUUCAUAUCCCAUCAUAUUCACUUUAACUGUUUCUAAUUUAUUAUUAUACUUUCUCUGAGAAACACUCAUCCAGAGUAAUAGAUUGUUUGUUAGUCACCUUGUUAUUAUUAUAUUGUUAAGUAACAUACAGUGGCAUCACUAGGAUGGGUGUCGACAGGUGCGGUCAGCUAAUGGUGUCACCCCCGCCUCUCCCACUUUAAAAUUUGUUUGUUUGUUUGUUGCACAGUAAUACAUAUAGUUUAUAAUUAUCUAUGUUAUUUGAUUAUUGAACAACUAUAAAAUGAGUGUCUAUUAAAUUUUAAAAUUUAGUUGUUUAUUAAAAUGUAUUUAUAAUUCACUGGGUUUGCAUAGUCAUGCACCCUUAAUCUUCGUAGUUGAAGACAUGACAUUAAUCUAUAGUUCAAUUUGCAACAAUGCAACCAUUAGUAAAUUACACUGUUUUUUUCUGGAUUUCAAUUGUGAAAUCGUAUCAUUAACUUCAUCAAAUAUAAUGUCUUUAACAAUCUCAUUUUUAAUACAAUUCCCCUUUGUGAAA